AGGAAGAACCGACUGAAAACCAGGGCAAAUCUACCAUAAAGAGAAGAAAAUGAUCGGACAAAAACUAACUAACGGCUUGUUUUUCUUUGUAUAUUAACCAGCAUUAAUGUUAUCCUUUACCAGCCGAUGGUAAUUUCGAUUACAUCUCGUAGAAGCAGUUGCUAAUAUUUCGUGAAUUUUGUUAGACUCGUUAAUACCGUACGCUAGCUAACGUUAGACAGACACUGACGCGAUUUAUUUCCUCCGGGUUUUGGUCGGCGAAUUUGUCUGCUAAACAGACAUUACCGGCGUUAAAAAUAGCUCAGCCUUUUCUCAAUUUGUCUGAAUUUACUGACUUAACACCGUGGGAAAUUUCUAACAAUGGUUCAGAAAGAUAAAACGCUGGAGACGCCUCAAGUGGACAGUGAGACGAGCCCCAGCCCAGUCUCCGGAGAGGCUUGUGCCGAGGCCCCUGGCCCGGCUGAAGAGUCCGGCAUCGGAGCCGAACCGACCGGCCACAGAAAAUUCAUCAGUGGUGUCGUGGAAGGCUUUUAUGGUCGACCAUGGACAAUGGAACAGAGGAAAGAGUUGUUCAGAAGGCAGCAGAAAUGGGGGCUGAAUACUUACCUUUAUGCACCCAAAGAUGACUACAAACACAGAAUGUUCUGGAGAGAGCUGUACUCAGUGGAAGAAGCAGAGCAACUCAUGACUUUAAUUGGUGCUGCUAAGGAGCAUGGGAUAGAGUUCAUCUAUGCCAUUUCCCCUGGACUGGACAUCACCUUUUCCAAUCAGAAAGAGGUUUCUGCACUCAAGAGGAAACUCGAUCAGGUUUCUCACUUUGGCUGCAAGUCAUUUGCCUUACUUUUUGAUGAUAUUGACCACAACAUGUGCCCUGCUGACAAAGAGGUGUUCAGCUCAUUUGCACACGCUCAGGUUACCAUUACCAACGAAAUCUACCAGUACCUGGGAGAGCCCGAAACCUUCCUCUUCUGUCCCACUGAGUACUGUGGAACAUUCUGCUACCCAAAUGUUGCUCAGUCCCCCUACCUCCACACAGUAGGAGAGAAGCUACUGCCGGGCAUUGAAGUGCUAUGGACAGGCCCCAAGGUGGUGUCCAAAGAUAUCUCAGUGGAGUCAAUUGAGGAGGUGUCAAAAAUCCUAAGAAGAGCCCCUGUAAUCUGGGACAACAUUCACGCCAAUGACUAUGACCAGAAGAGGCUUUUCCUCGGUCCAUACAAGGGCCGCUCCACAGAGCUCAUCCCCAGGCUGAAGGGAGUCCUCACCAACCCUAACUGCGAGUUUGAGUCCAACUUUGUAGCAAUCCACACUCUGGCCACCUGGUACAAGUCUAAUAUGAAUGGGGUGCGCAAGGAUGUGGUCAUGACGGAUGGCGAGGACAGCACAGUGUCCAUCCAAAUCAAGUUAGAGAAUGAAGGCAGUGAUGAAGAACUGGAGACAGACAUGCUCUACAGCCCACAGCUCGCUCUGAAACUGGCUCUCACAGAAUGGCUCGGGGACUUUGUUGUGCCUCAUCAAUACAACAGCCGACAGGUGCCUCAGAGCGGUGCCAAAAGCACAGCCAUCGACGUGUCUUCCAUGGCUGCUCCCUCGCUCUGCUCUUCCACAACAGUCACAACUGUGUUCCAGCAGCCCAUCAUGUCUCCAGCCAUGCCGCCUCUCUGUCUGGAUCCACUCUCUCACCCCAUGGCAAAAAGGCCUCAGGAGGAAGAGGAGGUGGAGGUGGAGAAGAAGGAUUCAGAUGAGGAGCCCAUGGAGAUGGUGGAUGAGAAGCUGGAUGAGCCAGAACCAGAAGCAGUAGCCGACACAGAGGAGAAGCAAGUUGGUCCUAUCUUAGCCGACAAGAUGGCUGAGGACCUGAAGCCCAUGGAUACAGACAAGGAGAGUCUCACAGAGUCAAAGUCCCCUGAAGAGUCUAUCCAGGAGGAUCCUGGUAGUGAUAUCGCUCCUAUGCAGACAGACGAUCAGCUCAAGCAGGUGCAGCAAACAUUCGAUUUGUUUGUGCCCGGGCCCAACGAGAAGCCCCUGUUCACAGCAGAGCCCGUCACACUUGAGGACCUGUGCUUGCUGGCGGAGCUCUUCUACCUGCCUUACGAACAUGGACCCAAGGCCAUGCAGAUGUUAAAGGAGUUCAACUGGCUGAGAGCCAACAGCAGCGUCGUCAGUGUCAACUGCAAGAGGAAGGAAACUGAGAAGGUGGCAGAAUGGCAAGCAAGGGCGGAGAAGUUCGAGGAGAUGUGCUGCUCCGUCAUCCAGAUGUUCACCCGGCUUUCCAACUCAGCUAACCGCACCAUCCUGUACGACCUCUAUCCGUACAUCUGGGACAUCAAGAGCAUCAUUUCUAUGGUCAAGUCUUUUGUCCAGUGGCUCGGGUGUCGUAGUCAGUCCUCAGCACAGUUCCUUAGAGGAGACCAAGAACCCUGGGCCUUUAGGGGAGGUCUAGCAGGAGAGUUCCAGAGAUUGUUGCCAAUAGAUGGGGCAAACGAUCUUUUCUACCAGCCUCCACCUUCAUUGCCAACCUCCAAAAUCUAUUCCAUAAGGCCGUACUAUCCCAAAGAUGAGACUGCAAUUUAUAAAAUCUGUAAAGAAAUGUACUCCGAAGGAAUGGAGGGCGUACCAGUCUCUGAUGAUGAUCCUGACCUCAUAGGAGACAGGUUGGUAGGAGGUCUCCUGACACUGAGUUCAGACUAUGGGUUCGUGCUGGAGGACGAAGAAGGGAUCUGCGGUUACGCUCUUGGAACUGUGGACGUCAAGCCCUUUGUCAAGAAAUGCAAGUUGAACUGGAUUCCCUUCAUGCAAGAGAAAUACCUCAAACCUGACUGUGAGAAGGACCUCACAGAGGCUGAAAAGAUGAUGCUGAGUUUCCACGAAGAGGAGGAGGGUCUUCCCGACUCUUUCCUCUCCAACUUCCCCUCUCUCAUCAAGGUUGAUAUUCACGCAAAGGUCACUGACCCCAGUGUGGCCAAAAGCAUGAUGGGAUGCCUUCUAUCUUCUCUUAAGGCCAACGGCUCCCUGGGUGCGUUCUGUAAGGUUCGUCAGACUGAUAAGAGAAUGUUGGACUUCUAUAGUAAGCUGGGAUGCUUCGAAGUGGCCAAAAUGGAGGGCUUUCCCAAAGAUGUCAUCAUUAUGGGACGCAGCCUAUGAAGAAACGUCCUGCUCCGAUAACAGACAGAGAGAGAGCAAGUCAACGUGUGGCAUAAACAAGUUUGCUACCUUAAUGAGGAAAAAAAAAACUUCCAUGAUGAUUUUAUACUACAUUACCAUCUGGGCUAUCCCCGGGAAACCUCUUUUUAGGAUUUGUGUACAGAAGCACAGCAGUCGCACACACAGAUUUCCUGCGCUGCCCUUAGAUGUUAUGGCUCUGUCGGAUUCAGCAGAUUGGAAGCUAAAAGGCCGAAGAGCAAUCUGUAAUCAGUUGAUAUGAGCCAACAUGGAAGAGUGGCACUCCCGCAAUGAUUUGUGGGGUCCCACUACCCAUAUACCUCCAAGAGGCAGGAAGUAAUAACUCCAUAAGCCUUUUUUCUGAUUUAAUCCAGUAGCCAUUACAUGGAUAUUGCCCGCAUGCCCUGACGCAAAGUGUCUGUAUCUGAAAUGGAGGCAGAUUGUGAAAUUAGGGCAGCCUGUAUCUCAGCUAGUGUCUUACUACCCCUACAUCCUGCUUUCCCAGCUUUGAAAGAGAAACAACGCAGCUGUCGACAUAAGUAGGACACCUUUAUACAGGAUGCGAGGUGCUAUGUGAGAGUUUGCCUUUCAUCGUCACUUCAUGGUAUUUUCAGUUGCACCACAGUAGACUUGGAAAAGGAGGCCUUUCAAGCGGCGUGCUUCUAUCAAAAAGUGAUGUGAGAUGUUGAGUCUGCACACAUGAAGGGUGUAAAAGUAGCUUUUGGGGCUCGUCAAUAAGACCAGCCAGGGAAUAAUAUUCGUUGAGAUUGUUAAAAACUCAACAAGGAGGUUCCCCUGAAUUUCCAUUCAAGUAGUAAUAGACAUUUGGAGAGCAAUAUAAAAGCUUCCACAAGUUUACAAACAUGGUUCACAGCUUGUUCCUGUUCAGCGCUCUGCUUGUGGCCAUUUUUCUUUUUUUUUCAUAAUUCAGCUGUUUUUUGUUUUUUUGCUUAUUUCCCUUUGAGCUAUUGCCUUUUGGUUCAUUGCCUUUGGAUUUAGACUCCAGUGUCUUCUGCGUAAAGGCUGUCUAACCUGUAUUAGUCAGAUACAGCAGGAACAUGGUGAUUUCAAGACAUUGGAUUUGUUGUUGCUCGAUUUUCAGAGAUGUAUCCUGACAUUGAAAGUCACGUCUUAAUUUUGCCCUACCAGACCCCCAUGCAUUAUACUUCAGACAGGGGUAUCACUGUCAGAGGAAGUUCCAACUCUCGUGUUAAGUUAUGUCAAAUUAAUUUAAGUAGUUACUUAAUGCACUCAAAUCAACAUUUUCUGAUAGCAGUACCCAGUGGGACCAAAUCUUGAUAUUCUGAUCUGCUAUUGAGUAGAAAAAUGUAACAUUUGACUGGCAUCGACGUCGGAGUUAAACUAAAACUUGGAAGCAUUAACCCUCCCACUGUCAUAAAGCUGCUCAGUUUUCUCUUAACCACUAAUUCCAAACCUGACUUGUGAAGCACCAGCUGAUCUGGGCUCUGUUCAGGAGGUGAGCUGUGCUAAAAAGCUAGCUUGUGCUCAUCACUGGUAAAAGAAAAUAAUCAGUUUACAUCUGACAGCUUGCAUCCCUCCCUGCGUCGCAUACUCUCAAGUGAAUGUCUUCUCAGUCGAGCCUUGGUGAGCGCUCCUCCGUCACCAAAGCGGUGCUGACUCCCACGCUGUUAGGCUGUAGCCGUGGGGGGAUGGAGCAGAAAUUCCUCGGGCCUUUUCCUAUCUGUCCAUUGAAUGUUUUAUAUUCUGCCGCAUUUCCCAUUUGUUUUUGUAAAUCUGUGUAGUUGAUAAAAAUAAAAGCACUUGGUCUAAUAGAUAGGAGUGUUCUGUUGGUUACACGAGGAUCAUCAGUUGCUCUUCAGUAGCUGCCUGCAAAUGUGAUGUUUUGAUACUGUGUACAUUCAUAAUGUGCAUGAGGUGUAUUGGAUUUGCUGUGGCGGUCAUUAGAGUAACCUCAUCUUAUGCUACAUAGAGGAAGAAGCAUGCCACUCGCCUCUAUGGGCAUGAUACUGUAGUUCGUAGACAGUCUGUAAACACUGUCGAUCAUAAAGUGUUAUUAUUUUGUAUAUCUUUAUUGAAACUGUGGCUAGCUUCCCGUUGUCCUUUAAGGAAUACAAAGUGCUGGCCUUGUCACAACGCCCUGUCCUGUUUCAGCAACAGGUCUGCUGUUUGUCUUCUGAACAACGACAGCAGAGCUUUCACUCAUUUUAAAUGGCUCCUUUUGCAGUUGGUCGACGCUCCAGCUUUCUCUUCUGCCAACAGGUUUUGAUAGAAACGGGCCGUGACUGAGGGAAAGGGCUCCUAUUGUGCAUUUUGAUUAUAUGAGAAUAGGGUUGGGAGGGCAGGGGGUCAUAAAAGUAACAGUUUACCAGUGUAAAAUUUGUAUGUGAGAUACAUAAGAUUCAAAACUAAUAAAUCAUAAUAAGUUCCUUUGA